AUGACGCAGAAUGGCAUCGCCUGUCAAUCAAAGCGCCCUCAUACACCAGAGAAACUGCCAGCCAUUGAUAUCCAAGUGGCAGAGAAGGUCACCAAAAGUCAUGCCCAUAGAAAACAGACUCGCAAGAUGCUCAUCAACCACACAAUAAAGGUCCUGAAAAAAUUUCCUGUACUGCGGACGGAGCAAGAGCACCGGUCCAUUCAUAAAGUACUGAAGACGUUCCCUUGUCUCACCUCCUGCCUGUCCAGAGAAGAACUACAGAGGAUUAGCCUCGUCAGCAUCGUGGAGACCUAUGACCGUGGACAAAUCAUAUUUGGAAAUAAUGGGUUUUACCUGGUUUUAAAGGGCUCAGUAAAACCUUACUUGCAUGAGAGUGCCACAGACAAAACAGAUCAAAAGAUUGGUGAGGGAGAACACUUUGGGUCGUUUGAAGCUCUUGAUACAAGUGGCAGUGGAACCAAUUUCCAGUAUGUGCUGACACUCGAGCCCUGUGAAAUACUCAGGAUCUCUCAUGCUGUAUAUGGCAAAUUUAAAAAGGAGAUUUUGGCCCAGAAAUAUGCCCAGAAGGUGUCUUUGAUCAAGGGUUGCCAGUUCUACCUCCACUGGCCCAAACUCUACAUUGACAAAUUAGCUAAUAUCAUCCAACUGAAGAGCUUCCCUGCCAAUCAAAUGCUAGUGAGAGAAGGCAAAAUCUGUCCCUUUGUGUGCUACAUUGGUGAGGGUGAGUGUAACAUCCUGAAGGAUGGCGGAGCCCUGGUGAGGCCACUGGAAAAAAAGGGCAGCAGGAUGAAGUUUGUGGUGAUGGGUAAACUGGGGCCAAUGGAAUCGUUUGGUGAAGUGAGUGUUUUGCUGAACCAGCCUUCGCCCUGCAGCAUUCUCACUACCACUGAAGUGAAGGGAGGAAUCAUUGAGCCAGAGGCUCUGAAAGAGCUGGAUUCAGUGACAGUCUCUUUGACACUACAGACAGCACAGCCCACGUGUGGGAAGCUUAGUCAGGAAGACAUAAACAAGGAGUACACGAGACAAGAAAGACAAAAGGAAUGGGAGUAUAUGAAGAAAAAGGUGCUGGCUGAUGCUCUGUUUUACAGUGGGAAGACUUCUGAAUAUGCCAAGUGGACACAGAAAAGAGGAUCUAAAAGAGCAGCUAAUACUUACAAACCCUCCUUCUAUCCCUCUACAUAA